AGCAGCUUUCUUUCACACUGAAGAAUGGGGGAGAAGAGCGAGGAGUCGUUGGCUUUCGCUGUCCGGGUCUUCACUCUGCGGGAGGAGGAGGUGAGCUCCGAGGAGGAUCACAUGGACACACAUGAGGAGGAGGCGAGCGGGGAGCAGCAGGUCAGUGUGUGCAGACAGAGAGCAGAUCAAGAGCUCACUCUGCUGCUCACCACAGGCCUGGAGGCUCAGCAGCUCACUGUGCGUGAUGCCAACAGAGCAUCAGUCUUCCACUUCACCGUGUCCAAGGAGAUGGACUGCUGCCAGGUCGGAGGACAGUCCUUCCUGGUCACAGUCGGAGAGCUGAGUCUUCUGUUGCAGUUCAAAACUCCAACUGACAUGAAGAGCUUCCAGCAGGUAUUAAAGACGGGGGGCGAUGAAGAGACAAGGAAAGGUUGCCCAGAAGGACAUGAGAGAGGAAACAAGGAUGCGGAGAAACAUUCGAGGAGACAUCCGACUGUGUUUGAAAAAUGGACGACACAGGGCUACGAGUUCCACAACUGUGUGUCCCAGCAGCAGAGUCUGCUUCAGGACUACCUGAGGACCGGUACCUACCACAGAGCCAUUCUACUCAAUGAGACCGACUUCAGAGACAAGGUGGUCCUGGAUGUGUGUUGUGGUUCUGGUAUUCUGUCUUUCUUCGCAGUCCAAGCUGGAGCCACCAGAGUGUAUGCUGUUGAGUCCAGCCCCAUGGCCAAGUUUACACAGAUCCUGGUCCAGAGUAACUGUCUGUCUGAGCAGAUCAGGGUCCUGGAAGGGGAGGUGGAGGAGGUCAGCUGUCCUGACAUGGUAGAUGUCAUCGUCUCUGAACCGAUGGGAUACAUGCUGCUCAGUGAAAGGCUCAUGGAGAGCUUCUUGCAUGCCCGAAAAUGGCUCAAACCCAAUGGUCUGAUGUUUCCCUCCUAUGGUGAUAUUCAUCUGGCUCCCUUCAGUGACGAGCAGCUCUACUUCGAACACUACACACGGGCCACUUUCUGGCAGCAGAAAAGCUUCUUUGGAGUUAACCUGAGUGCUCUUUACACAGCCGCAGUGGAUGAGUUCUUCAAGCAGCCUAUCGUGGACACAUUUGAUGUGCAGAUCCUGAUGGCCAGGUCUGUCAAGCACUGCAUCAACUUCAUGGAGGCUAAAGAAGAAGACUUACACAGAAUGGAGAUUCCCUUUGAGUUUACACUGCUGCAGUCUGGUCUGUGCCAUGGACUUGCCUUCUGGUUUGAUGUGGCCUAUUUGGGAUCCAAGUCAACAGUGUGGCUCUCCACAGCUCCCACAGAGCCUCUGACCCGCUGGCAUCAGGUCAGAUGUUUGCUUCAGACGCCGCUGUUCGCCAAGCUGGGACAAACUCUGUCAGGGACGGUCCUACUGGCCGCUAACAACAGGCAGAGCUAUGAUAUCCACAUCACCGCCACAGUCGACCAGUCAGGCUUUAGGUCCGGAAAUGUCCUGGACCUCAAGAACCCUUUCUUCAGCAUCUUGGUAGAGAGCUCUGGGCCGCUGGUACCCAGGAGAUUCAGAGAGGAUGGCCUGCCUCCUCCAGGAUGCAGAGUGAGGAGGUUAGAGGAACGCCAUAAGGAAUCUUCAGAUAUCACAUACACUCCCACACACCUCAAGUUUCUACUUUUUGUCAACAACCAUCACUGCUGAAUGUGAAGCCAAGGUUGAAUUUGCUGAGUUGACACCCAUUUAAUCUAAGCUUCGGAUUCUAUAUCAGUGUGCACUGUAUUCAUACACAGAAAUCUGUAUGAGGACAGUGGCAACUAAAAAUCAUUUCUAUACCAGCAGUAUUUUGUAUUCUGUAAUAAACUUUCCCCUCACA